CUGCUCUUGCUGCUCAGCCUCGGGCUGCUCCACGCAGGUGACUGCCAACAGGCAGCCCAGUGUCGAAUCCAGAAAUGUACCACGGACUUCGUGUCUCUGACUUCACACCUGAACUCUGCCAUUGAUGGCUUUGACUCUGAGUUUUGCAAGGCCCUGCGUGCCUAUGCUGGCUGCACUCAGCGAACUUCGAAAGCCUGCCGUGGCAACCUGGUAUACCAUUCUGCUGUGCUGGGUAUCAGUGACCUCAUGAGCCAGAGGAACUGUUCCAAGGAUGGACCCACAUCCUCUACCAACCCUGAAGUGACCCACGAUCCUUGUAACUACCACAGCCACGCAGGAGCCAGAGAACACAGGGGAGGGGACCAGAACCCUCCCAGUUACCUUUUCUGUGGCUUGUUUGGAGAUCCUCAUCUCAGAACUUUCAAGGAUCACUUCCAAACGUGCAAGGUGGAAGGGGCCUGGCCACUCAUAGAUAAUAAUUACCUUUCUGUUCAAGUGACGAAUGUGCCGGUGGUCCCUGGCUCCAGUGCUACUGCUACGAAUAAGAUCACCAUCAUCUUCAAGGCCCACCAUGAGUGUACAGAUCAGAAAGUGUACCAAGCUGUGACGGAUGACCUGCCGGCCGCCUUUGUGGAUGGCACCACCAGCGGUGGGGACGGCGAUGCCAAGAGCCUGCGCAUCGUGGAGAGGGAGAGUGGCCGCUAUGUGGAGAUGCACGCCCGCUACAUAGGGACCACGGUGUUCGUGCGGCAGCUCGGUCGCUACCUGACCCUCGCCAUCCGUAUGCCCGAGGACCUGGCCAUGUCCUAUGAAGAAAGCCAGGACCUGCAGCUGUGUGUGAAUGGCUGCCCCCUGAGUGAGCGCAUUGAUGACGGGCAGGGCCAGGUGUCGGCCAUCCUGGGGCACAGCCUGACUCACACCGCCUUGGUGCAGGCCUGGCCUGGCUACACACUGGAGACUGCCAACACUCAAUGCCACGAGAAGAUGCCGGUGAAGGACAUCUAUUUCCAGUCCUGUGUCUUCGACCUGCUCACCACUGGUGAUGCCAACUUCACUGCCGCAGCCCACAGUGCCUUGGAGGACGUGGAGGCGCUGCACCCGAGGAAGGAACGCUGGCACAUCUUCCCGAGCAGUGGCACUGGGACUCCCCGAGGAGGCAGCGCUCUGGCAGUCAGUCUGGGACUCACAUGCUUGAUCCUUAUUGUGUUUUUGUAGGGGUUGUCUUUUGUUUUUGUUUUUCUUUUCUUCUUGUCUAUAGCAAAAUUUUAAAAUAUAUAUUGUCAUAAUAUAUUGAGUAAAAGAGUAUAUAUGUAUAUACCAUGUAUAUGACAGGAUGUUUGUCCUGGGGCACCCACCAGAUUGUACAUACUGUGUUUGACUGUUUUCACAUAUGUUGGAUGUAGUGUUCUUUGAUUGUAUCAAUUUUGUUUUGCAGUUUUGUGAAAUGUUUUAUAAUGUCCCUGCCUGGGGACCUGUUAGAAAGCACUUUAUUUUUUAUAUAUUAAAUAUUUAUGUGUGUACCUGGU